CAGUCCACCCUCAUUCUCUCCCUCUCCGGCAACCAUGGCGGCGCCGCUAGAGCCACCGCCACCAUUUCUAAACCCACUCCUUCCUCCGAGCUCAAACCCCACUCGCUCGCUUCCCCACAGUCUCAAAUUCAAGAGGCUGAACCUUUCGAACAACCCCACCACUUGCUUGGCCGCCGCUCCCCAACCCCAACCCGAAUUCCCCGACCCGACCCGCGACCGCCGCCGAGCUGUCCGUCUUGCCUGGGAGAAGCUCGUCAGGUGGUCCCGGUCGUUACGCUCCAAGACCAAGACAGACAUUCUGGAACGCACUAACAAGGUGGUGGUGCUCGGAGGUGGGUCUUUUGCGACGGCGAUGGCGGCGCACGUGGCGAGUAGGAAGGAUGAACUGGAAGUUAAUAUGCUGGUGCGCGAUGCUCAAGUUUGUCAGUCUAUUAAUCAGAACCAUUUUAAUAGCAAGUACUUCCCAGAACACAAGCUACCCGAGAAUGUGAUCGCAACCACUGAUGCCAAAGCUGCUUUGCUUGAUGCUGACUACUGCCUUCAUGCAGUCCCUGUACAGUUUAGCGCGUUAUUUCUUGACGGGAUUGCAGAAUAUGUAUAUCCAGAGUUGCCAUUCAUAUCUGUUAGCAAGGGUUUAGAGCUAAAUACAUUGAGGACAAUGUCUCAAAUCAUCCCUCAAGCAUUGAGGAAUCCUCGCCAGCCUUUCAUUGCGCUUUCAGGGCCAUCUUUUGCUCUGGAGCUGAUGAACAAAUUACCAACAGCAAUGGUGGUGGCAUCAAAAGACAAAAAAUUGGCAAAUGCAGUUCAGCAGCUUCUAGCUUCUAGUUAUCUAAGAAUCAGCACUUCAAGUGAUGUCACAGGGGUAGAAGUUACAGGUGCUCUCAAGAACGUGCUUGCAAUAGCCGCAGGAAUUGUGGAUGGAAUGAAUCUUGGUAAUAAUUCCAAGGCAGCUCUUGUUUCACAAGGAUGCUCAGAGAUAAGAUGGCUGGCAACUAAGAUGGGUGCAAAGCCGGCAACAAUCACUGGUCUCUCAGGAAUCGGAGACAUUAUGCUCACAUGUUUUGUAAACCUUUCUAGAAACAGAACAGUUGGGGUUCGUCUCGGAUCAGGGGAGAAACUUGAUGACAUACUUAGUUCCAUGAAUCAGGUAGCAGAAGGUGUAUCGACGGCAGGAGCAGUGAUUGCGCUAGCGCAGAAAUAUAACGUGAAGAUGCCAGUUUUAACCGCGGUAGCUCGGAUUAUUGAUAAUGAACUGACGCCUAAGAAAGCUGUUUUUGAGCUGAUGAGCCUCCCUCAGGUUGAAGAAGUCUGAACCUGAGGCCACUUGAAUUAGUGAUUGCUCUUGCACAGAAAACAGCUCAGCUUACAGUGACAUUCAUUCUUUCUCUGAUGAUAUUAUGAUUAUCAGGGAGAAAUUUUUUGUGAAUCAUUGUUUAUGUACUUGCCUACAACUUGACGGGAAAAUCUGAGAGUAGGGUUUGAAUCU